AUGUCCUCACGUAAAGGAUCAGUUGACAGUUUUGGUGAAUUUUUCAGUGAAACAAAAACUGAUAAUAAUGAUAAAAAACAAAAUAAAGAUGAUAUACCACCAUCAUCAGCCGUUGCAAAUCUUAUUAGAACACAACCUAUUAUUCAUCAUCCACGAACAGCUUCAGAUACAAUAUCUAAUAUGAAUAGUGAAAAUAUACCAUCGACAAAAAAUGUUAACAAAAUAUCAACAUCAUUAUCACAUAAAUCUAAACGUAUUGAUUCACCUCGAUCAAAAGCUAAUGAAUCAGAUUUUAAUAAUAACAAAGAAUAUGAAAAUGUUGAUACAAAUAUAGAUAAUAAUAAAAAACACAUGUUAUUAUCAUCAUCAUCACAAAAACAACAUUCACCUGAAACUACUCAUCAUAUUAAUAAUUCAAAAUUAAAAACUUCAUAUACAAUAACUAAUCAUAAUCUACGACGUAAAGAAAAAUAUUUACCUUAUAUUCGUCCAUCAAAACGUCAAAAACGUAUAACAAAACGUUAUAUAAAAGAUAAUAAAAAUGAAAUUGAACAACGUUUAAUGUCAGCACAAAAUAAUAGACUUAAACAACUUCAAUCAUGUAUAAAUGAAUUACAUCAACAAUUAGAAGAAGAACGUAUUGAAAAUAGAACAUUACUUUUAAUACAAAAACGUGAAGAAAAAGAUUUAAAAAAAUAUUCAGAUCAAAUAGAUGAUAUACGUCUAGUUACUCAAGAUUAUACACAUGAAAUUGAACAAGUCAAAGAAGAAAUAAAUAAUGAGCGAGAAACAAAAUUUAAACUUGAACAAGAAAUUGAACGUCGAGAUCAUACAUUAUAUGAUCAAACAAAACGGAUGAGAUUUUUUCAAAAAUUACUUCAAGAAAAAAAUCUUGAUGAAAUUGAUGAAUUACGUGAACGAUUAAAUGAUGCUAAUAGAAAAUUAGAAAAAUAUCAAGAAAAAACUUCUAAUAAAGAAAAACAAAUUGAAAAUCUUGAAAAAGAUUAUCGUCAUGAAAUUAAUCAUGAAUUAUUAAAACAACGUGAUCUUAAACAUGAAAUUGAAAAUCAUUCAAAAAAAUAUACUGAUUUAUUAUUAAAAUAUGAAGAUAAAACACGACAAAUUGAUACAAUGCAUAUUUAUAUUCAACGUGGUGGACGACGACCAUCACAUUCAUCAUCUAAAUUAACAAAAUCUUAUUCACUUCAAUCACUUCAAGAUACAUCACCACGUUUUAGAGAAAAAAUUCUUGAAUAUGAUAAAAAACGUCGUGAAGAACAAAAACAAGAACAAAAACUUAAACCCAAACUUAAACCAUUAGUAUUACCUAAUAAUCAUCCACCACCAAAACGUGAACGAAAAAAAUACAUACCUAAAUUAGAUCAAAAACCACAAACAAAAAAACCUUUAUCUAUACUAUCACAUAUAAAGCAUGAUGAAAAAUCACCAACAAUUGAUAAUGAACAAGAAAAAUCUCAAGUUCGUCGUUUAUCAACACCAAAUAGUAUUAAUGAAGAAAAAAGUGAAUUAGAUGAUGAAACUAUUAGUGAUUUUAUACAUCUAAAACCUCCAUCAGCACCAACAAGAACUAUUCGACAACGUGAACAAAAUUUAUCUCAAAAUCCAAUUCAUAAACGUUCACUUACACCUAUUUCACCACCAUUUGAAUCAAAAUUUAAUUCAUUAGAAACUAAUGAAAAUACAACGAUGUCAAAUCUAUUUAAACAUAUUGAAUCAUUACCAUUAAUAAAACCAUCAGUAAAACAUGAACUUAAUGAUAAAUGGACAAAUAUAAAUGAUAUCAAUCAAAAAGAAGAAUCAACAAAAGAAGAUCUUCUAUCAAAAUUAUUAUUUGAUGAAGAACAAGAAAAGAAAUCAACAACAACAACAACACAAAUAUCACCACCAUCUUCUCAACCAGCAUCAUUAAUUAUGUUUGAACCUACUUCAUCAUCAAAAAAUAAUCAUGAAAAAAAACCGUCUACACGUAUGACACCAACAAAUGUAUAUGAUUUUAAUCAAGCUAAAUUAAUUUAA